CCCCCAAAGAGCCACACACCCUGCCUCCCAGAAAAGCACACCCACCUCUCUCUCUCUCUCUACCCACUUAACAAACCAGGCUGUCCCCAACAAUGCACACCACCCCCUCCCACACUCUUCUCCUCCCCCUUCUCUCUCAUCAGAUUCUCCACCCCAAAUGAGUGCUGAGUUCUCCUCCUCUGCUGCCAUGGAGCUUGGAGACGUGAUGGGGUUGCAAGGGCUCACAGUCACCGUGCCAUCCCCCAAGGAGAGUGACAUGGGUCUCCUCAGGAGAGGAGGCUUCACCCAGGCUGCUGCCGCCUCCUACCCCUCUCCCUUCCUUGAUGAACAGAAGAUGCUCAGAUUCUCCAAGGCUGCUCACACAUUGCCCUCAGGUUUGAAUUAUGGAAGGCCAAAUGAGCAGAGUUUCUUGCUAUCUAGGACCAAUAGGCCUUUUACCCCCUCACAGUGGAUGGAGCUGGAGCACCAGGCUCUCAUAUACAAGUAUAUCAAUGCAAAGGCCCCUAUACCUUCCAGCCUGCUCAUUUCAAUCAGCAAAAGCUUCAGAUCAUCCAAUAGAGUGAGUUGGAGACCUCUCUAUCAAGGCUACACAAAUGCAGACUCUGACCCAGAACCUGGAAGAUGCCGUCGAACUGAUGGCAAGAAAUGGCGAUGUUCAAAGGAGGCGAUGGCUGAUCACAAGUACUGUGAGCGGCAUAUCAAUAGAAAUCGCCACCGUUCAAGAAAGCCUGUGGAAAACCAACCUAGAAAGACUGUGAAAGAGGCGCCUGCUGCUGGCGCAUUGUCAAGUGCUGUCUCACAAGGUAGCUUGAAGAAGGCAAAAGUUAACGACUUGAAGCCAGGCACUGUCAGCUAUUGGACAGAUAGUUUAAGCAGGACAAUGUUGAGCAGAGAGAAAGCAAACAAACCAAAAGAAGACAACACUCCACUGCUGAAUUCCACGAAUGGAGAACCCACAUUGUCCCUGCUCUCUCAACUGAAGCAACAAAAUAAACCGGACACGUUCAGUCCCAAAGUGGAUAGUGAAUCGAUCUCAUCAGAUUUGAAAGCCUGGGGAAGCAUUAGCCAGCAGAGCAAUAAGAACAUUUCUUCCACACAACUGUAUGAUGCUGAAUGCAUCCAAUCAGUUCUUCAAAAUUUCAGCCUGGCUAAGAAUGAGAAGAUGGAGUCUGAGAAGAACAAAUACUUUGAUUCCAUACUAGUUUCAUCAACUUUCAAUCCUGAAGAAAGUCCACGCCUAAGCUACCUAGCAUCUAACAUGACUCAAGUGCAAGAGGAUUGCAUCUCAAGUUCUUGGGAGAUGCCUCAAGGUGGUCCCCUAGGCGAGAUGUUAACAAACUCCAAGAAUUAUGAGUACUUGACCAAGAAGAGUGAAUCAAGAUCAUAUGGUUGGUUACUGAAUCUUGACCACGCAACUUGAGCCCUCACUCAAGUCAAUGGAGAGCUAGGCAUUUGCAUUUCUCACCCAUGAAAGGGGACAAUGAUGAGAAAAGAAGGAUGGCAUGGCUUUGGUGUUUGAGCCAUCCAUGCUUGUUAUCUCCCCUUUUGUUUAGUUUCUUUUGUAGUCUCUAAUUAGUUGAAUCGUCUGUUCUUCUGAAUCUGGCUGUACCUUAAACAAAUUCUAGUUUGCCUUAGAUAAGAUCUUGCUAGGUAGUUAUUUAAUGGUCUGCAUUUAGCAGAAGGAACUAUGAGGAUUAUUUUUUACAUA